AUGUAUAAUGUUGUAGUUGAAGCUCAUGUAAAGGAAGAUGAUGUACGUAAUCGGGUGAAUGGUACAUUCACUUCGCAAGCAUAUGCGAACAUGAUUGCAUGGUUGAGUAAAGAGUUUAACAAGUCUAUUACAAAAGAUCAACUUAAAAACAGAAUGAAAACGUUAAAAGGUAAUUUUAGUAAAUGGUAUGAUAUGUAUCGGGGUACUUUGUUGAGUGGGUUCUCAUGGAAUUCUCUAACAAAACACAUUGAAGCAGAGGAGGAAGUAAGGGAACAACUAAUUAAAGAAAACCCUGAAGUAGCUGCAUUCAGGACCAAAAAAAUUUCAAUCUAUAAUCAGUUGGUGAUGUUAUUUUCAGAUGAUAGAGCAUCGGGAUCAAAAGCGGAAAUAGCAAAAGAAAAAAACGCCCGGUUAAGCAAAUCCAAAGAAAUUAAAAUAGAAAAAAUUGCUGAUUUGGAUAAACUAAUGGCAAAUAAGGAGGUAAUUUUGGAGAACGAACACAAAGAUGAUGAUGAUGAUGAGGACAUUCAAAUAGUGUCAGCAACAAAUGUUUCACCUGAUGGGAGUUCAAAAGCCAAGAAGCUGAAGAGUAAAAAAAGAAAACUAGAAAGAAAACUUCAAGAUAAAGAUGAAGUAGUACCUGAACAUGAACCUGAACGUCAACCUAAACCUCAACCAGAAUCUUUUGAACACAAUAUUGUGCAAACAUUUAAAGAAAUCGUUGAUGUUAUGAGGGAAGGGAACAAAUCUCGUGACUAUACAGGUAAGGACAUCGAGAAAGAGUUAGAAUUAAUGGGUUUGGAUGAAGAUGGAUUUGUAGAUGCUUUCAUAUAUUUUUCGUGUAAUCAAGUAAACACCAAUGUGCUCCACUCAUAUCGUUAUGCAAAGCAUUUGGGAAGCUUAAAAAGACUUGAAAUUACAAAAGAGGACGAUGUAGAUAGAGGAGUUGUUAUAGAAAAUGGUGAUUCUAAAGUACACAUCAAAGAGGAUGUACACAUAAAAGACUAUGCAUCUAAUAUGAAAGCUAUAUGUGAUAGACUUGAAAAAGACGAUGGCAAGGUUACCAUCAUAACAUAA